CAAUGGCGUUGCGAGUCGUGGUGUUACAGCUCAGGAAUGCUGCUCGUCAACAAUUAUUAGCUUUCGCUUCACAUCAGCUGGGGCAUUUGGCGGCGGAUAGAGGUGUCCUCAGGGUGUUUGUCACUUUAUCUCCAGUCGCAGAGGUGCCAAAACCAGCAGAAUGGCCACAACCCAGUCUGUUCUACUGUUAGCGGUGCAUAUCCUUCUGGUGUCAGAGUUCAUCUUAGCAAAGAGAGAUUACUACGACAUCCUGGGGGUACCGAAAGACGCCUCUGACCGCCAGAUCAAAAAAGCUUUCCACAGACUAGCCCUGAAGUACCAUCCUGACAGAAACAAGCACCCAGACGCCGAGGCCAAGUUCAGAGAAAUAGCAGAAGCAUACGAGACCUUAUCAGAUGAUAAGAGGCGGCAGGAGUACGACCAUUUUGAACACCAAGCAUCACCAGGGGAGGGCUAUAGAGGAGGAGGUGGAGGUGGCAAUGCUAACUACAACUUCAAGCAGCACUUCCAGUCCUUCAACUUCAACUUUGAUGACAUUUUCAAAGACUUUGAGCCUUUUGGUCAACAACACCACCAGCAUCACUUCCACACCCACUCCCAUUCAAAUUCCCAAGCCCACCAAAAGCGAGACUUUAACAGCCACUUCCAGGCCCACCAAGAAGCUAUGAAUAGACAGAGGAGACAGUUUCAGCAGGGAUCCUUUGGUGGAGGACUCUUUGAUGACAUGUUUGAGGACUUAGAGAAGAUGUUCACUUUUCACCCGCACAACACCAGAACUGAAAACAGAUUCCAGAAUUCAGGAAAGCAGCACUGCAGGACAGUGACCCAGCGUAGGGGGAACAUGGUGACCACCUUCACCGACUGCUCCUGAGUUAAAGGCAGCGUUGCUCUUCAUAGGGCAUCCGAUAAGGACACUGCCGGGUUUAAGUUAUGGUUUUGAAAUUGAAUGCUAAUUUAUCACUUAGUAAUACAGAAUGUGGUUUUGUUUUGCUUUCGGUAUUUGUAUGAUAUAUCCUUCAGGAACAAACAUGAACCAAGUUGGCCUGAAAUGGCUGCUUUGAAGCAAUAACUCCUAGGUCCUAGGACAUAGUACAGUAAUGAGUAGUAGGUUUAUAAAGAUACCUCUUCACUAAUCAGCUUUCCAGAUUCAUAUGUUUACUUGUAUCAGUGAAAACCAUAUACCUUUUUGAGGGUACAGUCUCAGGUAUGGCCCAGGUUUAACCGAUAAGUCAGCCUUAACUUGUUGCUUAAUAGAGGUGAAGCAGUAAAAUAAGUCAUCUAUUUAGGCCAUACGUUUUGUGCUCUCAAUACAUUGCUUGUAUGCCAUGCUCGUGUGACCUUAGUUUUAGGUCAUUAACUUAAAGACUGGUAAACAUAAAUACCUAAUACUGCUACAAAUAUUGAUUUUUUUUUAUUUUUUUUAGCACUUGUUUUGAAAUUUUGCUGUGAAAAUGGAGCUUCACAUGCAGCGAUGUGUGCAAGUUAGCCAUUACUGUUACCUCGUCUCAGUUUCUUCCUACAGAGCUGUAUCUACCUUCUCAGUCAGGAUAGGAAACUAACAUCAGUUCCAUGGCAAGGUGUGUGUUCUCUCUCAGCUGAUCUCUAACCAGUUGUUUGGCCAGUGCGUCUGAAUGGUCUGAGAAGUUGUUUUCCUGAACUGAUCAUAAUGUGCAAUAUUUAGCACCUUUGCUCUUCAUGUUGCCUAUCUGUCAUAGACAAUGCUGUGUAAGUGUCAUUGUCUAAGGUCUGCACUUUGUGUGUAUGGUGUGUGAUUGUGUGUGCAUGCUGAGAGUGCCCUGAAUGUUGAUUGGUUGCAUAAUGUAUGACGAAUAAAUAAAAAUAUUGCAUAAAGUG